AAGUUCUGCUGAACACAGCGGCGCAGCCCGGGAGCGAGUGACCGACCGGACGGGAUGCGUCACGGCCCGUUAGUCAGUCCACGGCGGGCUGGUUCGACACUCCCUCCUAACCUCCGGCAGCAGGCUUAAUAAGGAACAGACAGAAACGCAGGGAGCUCAACUGCACACACAGUGGAUCGUGUUUGGGCAUCUUGACAGCAGCUCGAGCUACAAACCCUUCAGCGGCUUCAUGUCGUCCCCGUGCCUCAGCAGCGUGUUGACUAACGCCAACCUCGCCAUGUACCAGACUGGCCUGUCGGAUGGGGUGUCAGCCGGUGGGCUGCCCAGCAUCAUUCCUCUGCAGAACUCCAACUUGAAUGGAGGACAUUGGUACCGGCAGGCCAACCCUGAGAACUGGACUGCAGAACAUGUUUUGGAAUGGAUCAGCAACCAUGUAGAGCGAAACCAGCUCGAUGCCAGCACCCUGAGUCUGACAUACUGUGCCAUGGAUGGCCACGCCCUCUGUCACAUGGGCCAGGACCAGAUGACAGCCACAUUUGGCCCAGACCUUGGCCCACAUCUCUACCAGAGUUUACAGGAGCACAAGACCAAAUAUGAACUGCAGAACUUGUCAGCACCAGAACUGAACGAGACCUGCCAGCUCCUAGACAACUUCUUGGACAACCUGAACUUCCCUCUACUUAGCACCAUUAAAAUUGGACAAGCUGAAGAAACCAUCAACAAGAAAGAGUUCAUCCUACAGGAUGAUGAUUGUCUGAUGAGUCUGAGCUUGGAGGCCAUGGACUGUACGGGCUAUCAUUCUGAUAACCAGUGUGACAGCGAGUUCAGCGUGUCCACCAAUGGAGGAAUGUUCAGCUACAUGAACCAGAGUUCACCAGAGUCCGGCAGCAGUGAAUCAGAUCCAGAGUUUUCCUACCCACCAAUCUCCAAGAUGCACAUCAAGACUGAGGACAAGGAAUGUCGGGUGAAGAGGCCGCGUGGUCGACCUCCAAAAGUGAGCAGAGAACACAACAGUGGCCUCUACAGCAUCUCUAAAAAGAACAAGCACGCUCCUCGCGGUACUCACCUGUGGGAGUUCAUUAGAGACAUCCUGAUUCACCCAGAGAAGAACCAGGGUCUGAUGAAGUGGGAGGACCGUCGAGAAGGGGUGUUCAAGUUCCUCAAGUCCGAGGCUGUGGCUCAGAUGUGGGGCCAGAAGAAGAAAAAUAGCAGCAUGACUUAUGAGAAGCUGAGCCGUGCCAUGAGGUAUUACUACAAAAGGGAGAUCCUGGAGAGAGUUGACGGCCGAAGGCUAGUGUACAAGUUCGGGAAGAACUCCAGUGGGUGGAAGAUCGAGGAGGUUGGCAUGAGCCUGUGACACAUUCAUGAGAACACGAUCAGUCGUAUCAGGCAGCUGUCCUGACAGAGAAAGUCUUCCAGCCCAAAGUUUUAGACACAGACUUCCUGUAAGAGGGAAGGUGUUACAAAAAAUGUAAGCCAGUGUGCUUGGCUCUUGUAGGUUUUAUGAACCAUUAUUAUUGCUUGAGAUGUUGAUAAUCCAUGAAACUUGUAUAGCAUUUAUCUGUUGACUGAUGAACGUGCAUUUCUUUUCAUUUGUGUAUUUUGUUUUGGUUUGAAUGUGUGUUUUUUUUUUCAUGGUUGUGUACCAACAGCUCAACAGAGAGCAGGAGAAGUGUGUGAUGUUCCUCACAUUUAUAGCAAAAGUGUGCGCACUCUAAAACUAUAUGCAAGAAAUGUUUGUGCAAGCCGAGGAGCUGAUGUUUCAGCUGCAGUUGUAUUUAUCCUCUUGUUCCUUUUGGUUUAUCCUGUUUUUACACAAACACUGUAAAUCUCAGCUUUAUGUUUUUUUUAUAUAUAUAGAGAGAGCUCAAUAAAAUUGUGCACAAAUACUG